AUGGCGACAAAUCUGGCGACUGUCGAGACAAAUGUGGCGACCAAUACUGCAAGAAUGGCGACUGUGGUUGCCAUGGAAACCUGCAUGAAUGAUAUACAAGCGAAUGUAGAGACACAAAUUGCAAAUGUGGAGAAGAACAUGCAGACGAACAUGGAGAGAAACAGCGCAGACAUAAAAACAAGCAUGGAAGGAAGACUCGAAGCAGUGAAUAAUGAGGUGAGAGGACUGAAAACUGCUUUGAUUGAAGGUUUUGAUGAAAUGAAGGAUGUUCUUGUCAAGAUGGAGGACAAGAUAGAAGAAAACACAAGAAAAGUAAGAAAUACAGCAAGUGGUGAUAAGGAAAACAUAAUCAUGGCUGGAGGUGAUGGAACUGACUCUGUAGAGAUGUUUAACUGGCGUCAAAGAACAUGGUCGCCAUUACAAUCCUUACCAAAGAAGCGUUCGGGAGCAACUUCAUUUGUAUAUAACAAUCAUGUGACAAUUGCUGGAGGUUACUGUUCUGGCUAUGUCAAUGAUAUGAUCAGAAUGAAUAUAAACCCAAACCCUGAUCUCUCAACACAUUGGAGUGACUAUCCUGUUAAACUGCCUGGUAAGUUAGGAUACCACAGCAGUGUGCUGUAUAAUGAUCAUCUAAUAGUUGCUGGUGGUUAUAAUGGCAAUGCAAUAUCUGACUGUAUUCAUGAAGUCCAGCUUGCGCCUCCUUAUGCUGCGAAGACCUUAUCAAGAAUGCCAGAACCAAGACUGUACCACAGCUCGCAAUUAUUUAAUGAUAGUAUGUCGAUCGUGGGUGGACGUACAACUUUCAGUUACUGGAACAGCCUCAGCAGUGUCGUACUGUAUGAUAUAAAGAAGAAUGAAUGUAAACAGUUGGCACCACUGCCGUACGAAGUGAGUGAGAUGGCAACUGUGAGAUGGGGAGACAACAUCAUUGUUAUAGGCGGCAUUGACAAACAUGUCAAUGAAUUAGAUACAGUUAUCAUUUACAAUGUCAAGACUGAACAAAGUUCCAUGUUGCCGCCAAUGAGAUGUAAAAGACAGGGAUGUACUGCUGUUGUUAUUGGAAACAAAAUUGUAGUAAUAGGAGGAAUCGAUGAGGUAGGAUUUCUAGUAAACUCAGUUGAAGUUUUCAACUUUGAAAGUUAUACUUGGCAAGAACUUCCAGAAAUGUCUCAAGCAAGAUGGCGGCACACUGCUGUUGUUGUGUGA